UGUGACCACCCGCAGCAGGACCCGGAACACAUGACUUUGAGUUCACAUGACCCUGGGUUCGGGCUGGAAUCCGGAUAGGGAUGAUUUCUCUUGUGCUGUUUGCUGUGUUGCUGAAAGCCUUUCUUAUUGAAUCUGCUCCAGCUAAGGAUGAGGUCGUUUACCUCCCAGGCCUGGCCAAGCAACCCCGCUUUAAGCAGUACUCUGGAUACUUGAAUACAUCUGAAAAUAUACACCUCCACUACUGGUUUGUGGAGUCUCAGGGACAUCCUGAGAAUGAUCCUGUGGUACUGUGGCUGAAUGGAGGCCCUGGCUGCAGCUCCUUGGAUGGGCUUCUGAAUGAACAUGGCCCCUUCUUGAUCCAAGCAGAUGGGAAGACUCUGCAUUAUAAUCCCUACUCCUGGAAUCUGAUUGCAAACGUGCUGUACCUUGAGUCACCAGCAGGGGUUGGAUUUUCUUAUGCCAAUGACAAGCAAUAUCACACCAAUGAUAGUGCGGUUUCAUUUAAUAAUUACCUGGCCCUGAAGGAGUUCUUCCACCUAUUCCCAGAAUACAGUAAGAAUGAAUUCUACAUCACCGGAGAGAGUUAUGGAGGAGUCUAUGUGCCAACACUGGCAGAGCGUGUCAUGAUUGAUCAUAGUAUCCGUUUCAAGGGGAUGGCAGUCGGAAAUGGAUUAUCCAGCUGGGAAUACAACGAUAACUCUUUGGUUUACUUCUCUUAUUACCAUGGACUGUUGAGGUCAACACUGUGGUCUGAUCUCCAGAAGUUCUGCUGUUCUGAAGGAAAAUGCAACUUCCACAACAAUAAAGAUAAGAACUGUCAGGCCAGGGUUAUAGAGGUGUCAUACAUUGUGUGGCACUCAGGCCUGAAUGCAUACAACCUGUACGCCGAUUGUGUCGGAGGAGUGCCUGGUGAAAUCCGCUUUGACGAGAACCAGAAGCAGCUGGUCAUCAGUAACUUGGGAAAUUUGUUCCCCAAAAACGAAAUGAGCCAGUGGUGGAGGAAGAAACUGCAGGAUGCAUAUCUGAGUCACAGAAAUGUCCGGCUUGACCCCCCAUGCACCAACACCACUGCCUGCAGCAACUACCUGAAUGACCCAAGAGUGCGGAAGGCUCUGCACAUUCCUGCCUUUGUGCAGAAAUGGGAGAUGUGCAGUGCAAUUGUGAACCUGUUUUACCGGCCCCUCUACACUGAUAUGAAGGAUCAAUACCUGAAACUACUGGCUGCCAGGCAGUACCAGAUCUUGGUUUAUAAUGGAGAUGUGGACAUGGCCUGUAACUUCCUGGGAGACGAGUGGUUUGUGGAGUCUCUUCAACAAAAGGUGACGGUGAACCGUCGGACCUGGCUGUAUAACGACAGGAAUGGUUAUCAGGUGGGCGGUUUCGUCAAGGAGUUUGGCAACCUUGCUUUCCUGACAAUAAAGGGAGCAGGUCACAUGGUGCCAACUGACAAACCAAAAGCUUCAUUUACGUUCUUCAGCCGUUUCCUACACAAGGAGCCGUAUUGAGACUGACUGGCAUGAAUUGCACCAAGAAGCCCUGAAGAUAGGGAUCACCUUGCUGGACAAGUGGACAUCAAAAUAGAGUUCAAAGUGUGUUCUGAGGCAAUAUUUGGAAGGAUUGUUGAGUUAGUGUGGUUGAGGACUGAGCACCAUUCAUGAAACAUUGCUUCCAAUCUGUAAAGGGUUAUUGCCUCCUAACAUACUCUAAACCGGUCUUUUUCUAUACAAAUAUUAAACACUCCCAAGAAAUGCCUUCAAUCAUUGGCACACUUCAGGGACACCUCCCUCUUGCAAUCAUGGGUACACCGCUGGGGCCUGGCCUCCCUGCAGUUCUUGGCACAUUUCUGUGGUUAGCUACCAAAAUGGGACAGCAAUUAGUGUACAGCAACAGAAAUAAUGAGCCAGUCAAUCAGGGAAUAGACAAAUUCUGAAAACUGAUGAACUCCUGGGUCCUGGCACCCAGCUAGGAGACCUAAAUGGGUUUUGAUUUUAACCUGGAGUAAUAGAAUGAUCCCCAACCUGUUAAUAUCAGAAAUUCAAAUGAACUACAGACUCCUCCAUCUUGAAAUUUCAGCAACAAAUGCUGACCCAAUAUAGGAAACUGAAACUUUCGACUGCUGUGCAACUUCAGGUUUUGUGCUUUGCUCUUUCUGACCUUUGCUGCUGUGCCAUACACUAUGUUUUCUGUGGUUCUGUUGCUUUUGUAAAUCUGGGCUGAUGAGGCCUAGAGGAAAACUUCUGGAGUGCAGAGAUCUAAGCUCAACCUUCAGUGUGCUGUUGUUAACAUUGGCCUGGACUUUAGAGUCAGUGGCAAAACAAAGCCUUUCUGGCCUCGUUGAAACUAAAGAAAUCUAGCUAUCAGUGACGUGAACUUUUAACUUGCCCAGUGUGCAUUUGGGAUUGUAGUGUUCUGUAAUGGGGAUUCCCAGUGUCAAGCUGCGGUGAUGUCCUCAAGCUGACUGUGCAGCUGCUUACAUUUAAGAAUUUCCACAGGCACCAACCGGGAAAUGAAAAGCACUGUUAAUCACAUCAUUUUAAAUUGAAAGAAAGAUUGGGAUAUGCAAAUGGAGCUAAUGUGGAAGCAGAAAUAUCAUGAACAAGCUUGAACAUAAUUAUUUUUUAAAAAUCUAAUUAAUUAAUCCUAAUGGAGACAUUUGACAACAUUGUACAAAUAUAAAAUUAUUUGCUCAGGGCCA